CACUCCAGACCAGCAGGUGGCGGUAAUGCGCUUCGCUUGUGUGUCAUCCGCCUUGGAAACGGAAGUAAAGCAACGUACACAACGCUGGUGGAGAUCACACGUGGGUAAGCAAGUUUAUGAGAGUAAUGUUGAGAAGUCAACUUGAUUAGAAACAUGUCGAAGAGACAGGCAGCUAUGUUGGAAUCAAAUUCCGUUUGUGAAGUGGAUCUCGGUGAGGAGGAGACCCAGGAUCCUCCGCCGGAGACCAGGCGGACCCGCAGCGGCCGCAAAGUGCGUACUCCUGCCGCGCUGCUGGACUCCCUGGCCCCGGUGAGGACUCCCACCCGGAGGACCAGGAGAUCCGUCCUACACGAGAUGCCGGCUGAGGAGGAGAAAGACACGGAGGAUUCAGUGCCGAUACUCGAGAGUGUGGCCGAGGACAAGCUCACUAUGUCUACCGAACCGGAGCUGGGUACCGUGCCCGCAGAGCCGCACACCGAGGCUGCAGCAGUUACAACCGGAGCCAAAACGGCACCCAGGAGCUCAGAAACCGUCCCGGCGAAGAAGCCUCGUUUGGGUUCAAGUGGUAAACUAACUCCGGCCAUUCCGCUGGGGAAACCCGCAUCUGGGAGGGUGUGGAAAGACCGCAACAAGCAGAGGUUCUCCGCACUGUUAAGAGAUAAACCAUUGUGCACUUCAUGGGAAAAGAAGAUGGCAGCCAAGCGGGAGAAGGAGCAGGUGAAACAGUACACUUCGCAGCUUAAAGACGAGAAAAUCAAACAGAAAGAGGAUAAGAGAAAACGGAGAGAAGACAACUUGAAACGUCGUGCAGAGAACGAACGCAAAUCAGAGAUUGUUGAAGUGAUCAAGAACACAGCAAAGAUCAAGAGGAUGAAGAAGAAACAGCUCAGGAGAAUUGAGAAGAGAGACACUCUGACUCUGCUGCAGAAGUCUCAGAAGCAGAGUGGGAAACCCAAAGGUGGGAAACCCAAAGGGCGAAAAGGUCCGAAAGUUGCCAAAGAUUCAACAAAGGCUGAGAUAAUAAAAAUAUAACUGUUCAAUACUUUGCCUACAUGUUUUACACCUGGGAGGACUUAUUUUCACAUGGACCCAAUGAAAGCUUUCUAAAGAGAGAUGUAAUAUUGAGUCAAAAAUAAGGAUGCCCAAUUAGUGUGUGCGCUGCUGGUCACAUGGGCUCUGAGGAGAUCAACAGUUAAGAUUCACCUUUGUUUGUAUGGUUUCCUUUUAUUGAUGUACCUAUUUUCAAUAAAAAUGGAAUCAUUAUUGCUCUUUCAA